AUGAUAAAUUUCAUCUACUUGACUUUGUUCCCUCAAUAUUUUCACAAUUAUUUUCAGAUUUCCUUAGCCAAAAAGAUUAGGGAACGAAAAUUACUUGAUUAUCAAGUUUAUAAUUUGCGGGAUUUUGCUGUCAAAGGUCAGGUUGACGAUUAUCCUUAUGGAGGAGGGGCUGGAAUGGUUCUGAAAAUUGAGCCACUAGUAGCGGCUCUGGCUGCUAUUCAAGAGGCGUAUCCUGAAAGUUAUCUCAUUUUGCUCUCUCCCCAAGGACGAACUUUUACCCAAACCGAACAAAUUUCGAUUGGUGAUUUUAUUACUAUGGGGGGAGAAAUACCCGCUUUGGCAAUUACCGAUGCCCUAAUUCGGGCUAUUCCAGGAGCCAUCCAAACUGAGUCUUAUCAACAAGAGACUUUUCAAAAUUCCCAAUUAGAUUUUGCUACUUAUACCCGCCCGGAAGAAUUUGCUGGUCUAAAAGUGCCAGCAGUUUUGCU